AUGAAGAGUAACCACGAGGAGACAAUGAACGGUGAAAUCGGUGAAGACGCGCGUCGAGACAGCUGCCACACGAUUGAGGACACUCAGCCUCAUGUCGGGACGAAAGAAGGAAUAAUUUCUCACAGAAUGGUCAAUAAUUACAUUCCCACUGAAGGGUCUCAAUGCAAAUCGGACUCACCGACCGCGAAUGGAGAAUAUCUCCAAAUGCAGAAGGAUAUAUAUGCUUAUGUGCUAAGCAUAAGACACCUCCUUGUGGGCCAUUUCCACCUCCUUGUACUGUGUCAAGAUCGAGAAAAAAACGAACACCUCCAAAUUUUGCCGUCAAAAAUGGGUACCCACAUGGGAGAACCAUUCUCAGCGUAUGAUCAUUUCAUGGAGGCCCAAUCGGGGGAAUCUCGAAGGAACAACGGGAGAGACUCACUGAUGGAUGACCAAAUUGCCCAAAUUUAUUUCAUGACCCUAAAGUUGAGUAGCUUGGAUGAAGCUCUGGAAAAGUGGCCAAAGAAGACAAUAUCAAAGACGGUAAUAAAUUUCACCGGGAAGAGGAGCGCCUAUCUUAGGAGAAGAUUUUUUAAGUUAAAAAAAAUGAGCAAGCUCUCCUAUCACGAAGAAGUAAAGUGCAUAAACAGCGCACUUAUUUUUUUGGGAAAAUAUUAUCCUGCCAGUUUGUACAAAUUUGUGCGGGACGAGAGUACACAUGGGGAAGGUAACAGAACGGGUGAGGAACAAAAUAAAAAUAGGCUACAAGAAAGAUUUCUGUGCGAAAUGGGAGAAGCUAAUGAUACGUACCCUUACCUGCUCGUUAGUGUAAAAAGAGGGAUCACUUACCAUUUGGUCAGCGCAAACAAUGCUGUCACGCGCGUUGGAACAUGUUUCAUUUCGUACAAAAGUGUUGUCGGCUUGUUCUUUUUAAUAACGGGGAAGCUCACCUCCAUAGAAAAAAUCUGCCAACUAGCGAAAUGUGGGGACAGAAAAACGUUUGACAUGUCUGUUGGGGACAUUUAUGGUAGCUCUUACGGCAACGCCGGGCUGAGCAGUGAUUUGACUGCCUCGUUCUUUGGCAACGCGCAGCAGAUGGCUCAUGUGAAGGGGUUGUUUGGACGUCCGCCGGGGCAAGGGCGUGCCUUGGGCAAGGGCGCGGCCAGUGACUCCUCCGAUAGUCACCUCGAUUGUGUUUCCGAUUGCAUCUCUGAUUGCGAUUGUGACUCCUGCGCAGAUGAGUCUCUGGAGACCCCUCCCUGUCCUUACCCCCACACGGUGCAGAACACGGGGACAGUGAUGAGCCCCCUCCUCUUCCACUCUCACAGCGAUGGAGAUGUUCCCCACGACGGAGGCCUAGCCAAGCGGAAAAUACAAAAUUGGAGGAAAAAAUAUAUCCUCAUGGUGAGCACGAAAUGGCAAAGUGAUUCGGAAAUGGAACCAAACGUAUAUUCAGAAGUAGCCUGCUAUAGAGGCCGCACAAGAAGUGAACGUCUUCUGUUCGGAGGCAAAUUUCUCAGGAAAACAGGCGGGAAGAAAAACAAAUCCUCAGAAUGUUAUGAACAAGUCAGGCGGGAAAAUGUGAACCUUGGAAACCACGAUGUAGAAGGUAACCCUGGCCAGAUUGACCAAUCCUAUCUUAACAGCAGCAAUGGGGAUGAUUACCAACACCUUCGGGGGGAAGAAGAACAACAACAAAAAGAACAGGAGCAAAACGAAGAAGCAUCCCACAAAUUCGAAUGCGACUUAUCCAGGUCAUUACUCUCGAUCGUAAUUUUUAACACAGCCCAACAGGCCUACAUUCACAGCCAACUAUAUAAUGUUAAAAAUGUUUUCUUUUCUGGAUACCUCCUGGAGAAUUCCACCUGCGUGGGCCUCAUGAAAGUUAUUCUAAAUUUUAUGUACCAUAAUGCGCAGCAGCUCCAUUUUUGUACGCUUUCUUCGUACCUGAGCAGCUUCGGCUGCGCUUUGCAAUGUCUACGUUGGGAAGAGGCCGUUCCCUUUUUUUGCUAA